AUGUGCAUACACCAUGUUUGAAAUGAGUCAUUAUACAUUAUUGGACAUUUUAGAGGUCAAAGUCCCUCAUUCGUGAAAUGUUAUUAUAAGCAAAAUACCCUGUUUUCAUCCAACUUUAUUAUCUAGGUAAUAAUGUUUAUAAUUGUGAUGCAAACAUUGCAGCAUUAUUAUAUACUGUAGCAUAUAAACAUACCCUUUUUCCCGAAAUCACUGAAAGGGUUUUGAGACAAUAACAUGUAAAAUUCCCUCAUGGGUACGAUUGCUAUGUACGAUUGAUUGCCGAGUAAAUACGAGUCUAGGGGCAUUCCACUGUAUUACAACAUGAGACUAAUUUACUAUUUAAAAAGCAGUCCCUAAUCAUGACUCGUUAAAAAGCAGUCCCUAAUCAUAACUCGUCUCUCUUGUAUCUUUCACAAGGCCUUUGAGGACAUCUACAUCGAACAGAGAAAAGUGAUCAAAGUGGUGCUGGAGUACGCCGACAAGAUCUUCACCUACAUUUUCAUCCUGGAGAUGCUCCUUAAGUGGAUCGCCUACGGAUUCAAGAAGUACUUCACUAACUACUGGUGCUGGCUGGAUUUCCUGAUUGUGGAUGUAAGUGCAACGUUUAUUUCCAACCCCUCAGACAUGAUGAUGAGAUGA